AUAUUAUGGGGUGGGACCAAUUGCGUCAUAACAUGGCGGUAUCGCGUAUGGCACACUUACUUUAUUGAGUUUUUAUUUUAAAGCGUAUUACAUUUGAUGCAAAUUUGGACAUCUCAAAACGGUAUUAGUAUGUAAUGGGGUGGUUUUAAUUAUCUACAAAGUAACGAUCGACCGGUUUCCAUCAACCUUACCCACCCCCACGUAGUGCCCACUCUGUGGACUGGAAGCUUCCACGGGAGCACAACCCGAGUUUCUACAUUCACUGACCAAAUCAACCAGGCUCCAACAAUAUCAUCGUCAGCAAAUAGUCCACAAAUCCCUCAACAGGAGCCAUUCAGCCUUGUGACCAUACCACAUCAAUUUAAAAAAUACUUUGCACAGGGAAUGGAAGUAGACUGCCAGCCCGAGGACCCCAUGGUGUCCGCCUUCGAAGACGAAUGUGUAGAGCUGUGCGACGUCAAGGACAUGAGACUGGAGGCGGAUGCCGUGGUCAACGACGUCCUUUUCGCUGUGGCCCAAAUGCACGUGUCCAAAAACCUCAACAAUUCAUCCGACGUGGCUUAUAUUAAUGUGGAGACUAGAGAGGGCAACCGCUAUUGUUUGGAGCUCACAGAAGCAGGACUAAGAGUGGUGGGCUACGCUUUUAACGAAGUGGACGAGGACCUGAGUACUCAGUACCAUGAGACAGUUUAUUCACUUCUGGACAACUUGAGUCCAGGCUACAGGGAAGCCUUUGGGAAUGCUUUGCUGCAGCGGCUUGAAAGUCUCAAACAAAAUGGACAGUGACAACAAAGCAGGUCUCUUUGUAAUGAGCUAAUUCGAAAAGGAGCAAUGCAGCCACCUGUCCUUGUUAUAAUCCAUCAAACGCUUUUCAUAUAUGGCAAUAUAAUGCAAAAGUGCUUCAUAAUUGCUCAAAACAAAGAUAUAGUUUGCAGUUUCUUUGCCCUACCUUUUGCUCCUUAUCAUCCAUUGACUUCAUGUUAGUUCAUUCCUGACUGGCUGCUUGGGCUCAACCUUGUGCUGUUGACUUUGCUGUGGAAAACUAUUCCAGCUUUAUGCAGUGCACACGACUUCUCCAUCUUUUGUACUCCUUGCAAUGCAAAUCCAACUGAUGCUGUGACCCUGGUGACUGCUCUGUUCAAAUUCCCCAAAGUAGUUCCGGCACCAAAGCGGAAUCUCUUUCCUCAUUCCACAAAUAUUCUGCCUUAAUGACCGUUUGGUUAGAUAAGUACAACAUACCUCUUUGUCUAUCUUUAUUUACCAAGAUAGAAAAGGCAUGUCAAAAUGUAGUUGUAGUUCUGUUGAUCUAACAGUGUAACAUAAUACAGCACAAUGCAGUGAAUAGCGGUUUGGCUUUCAGUAUGAAUUUUCUUUUCCUACUUUGUGUGAUUUUUUUUUCUGAAAUCAAAUGUGGAUUGAGGAUGUUUAAUUGUGUCCCCGUUUCUUGCUGCUGGCCUUUGAGCUGACCAAUACAAGUUUCUCAAGGA